AUGAAAACGGUCAAAGAUCUAGAGAUACAGAAAAGUUUCUCCAAAAUUAAAGAUGAAGUUUCAAGUGAUGGUAGUGAUGGUAGUGAAAAUGAGUUUUUACCACAAAAAGAAGUUUCUUCAAGCUCAUCAGAUUCUGAUGACUAUCAAGAUAGUGAAGACGAAUCCACUAGACAAGCAAGUACCUCAUCAGAUAUACAAGCAAGCACUUCUACAGAUAGAAAUACCAUCAUUACACGGCAUGGGAUUGCCUGGGAACCUUUAUCAUCAUCUCGGAAAGGAAGAUAUAGCCAAAGUCAGGUAUUCAAAGCUACUUCUGGUAUUUCAAAAACUGUGAAAAAUGUAGCUGCAGAAUCCCCAUAUUCUGCUUGGAGAAUCUUCAUUGAUGAAACUAUGCUACGGAAAAUUCAUAAAUGGACAAUCAGUGAAGGAAAAAAUCACGAUGAAAGCUGGGUGUUAUCCUUAGAAAAGUUUGAGGCCUACAUUGCUUUGACAUAUGCAAGGAGAGUGUACGGAAAAGCUCACAGUGCAGAUUUUUUGUGGAAUAAAACCUAUGGACCAAAAAUAUUCGGAGAAACCAUGUCUAGAAGUGAUUACAAGAAAAUACAUAGAUUCAUUAGGUUUGACAACAGAAGCACAAGGUCAGAGAGGAUCAAAAGUGACAAAUUUACCCACAUUAGAGACAUUUUUGACCUAUUUGUUGAAAAUUGCAGAGGUGCCUAUAUACCAACAUAUAGUUUGACAAUUGACGAACAGCUAUGCCCAUGA